AAAAAUAAAAUAAAAAAUUUAUUUUGUUUCCUUUCUGUGUAAUUUCUCUGUCUCUUUUAUUUCUUUUCCUUUGUUGUCUCUUGAACUCGGUCGACAGACUCAACCCACCUUCUCUUCCGAUCGAAUUCUCUUCUACCAACCGAGACACCGAAAAGAAUCACAAAACUCCCCGUUUUACAUCGAGAAAGCCAUUGUAUUCGAUACCAAGAGACUUGGCUUUAUCUGUCGAUUGCGUUCGUGGGAGGUCAAAUUAGGGUUAUCUUUUGGUGGUAAUCUUAUCUUUUAAUUUUAUUUUAUUUAGCUUAUUCAUUUUCUGCGCUUUUACGUUUUAGAUUUGUUGCAAACCCUAGCUUUUGAUUAGGUUAGUCCAAGGAAAAGAAGACAAAAAAGAAAAAAAAAAGAAAUUUUUUCUCAUUUUGAUUGAUUCUUUGUAUAAAUAUUUGUUAGAGGGUUUUCUGUUGUUCAUUUUGCUUAGCUCAAAUAUAUUAGCUUCUUUUCUUUUACGAGAAACUCCGUGAAAUUUUUGGUGCGUUGUUUUAGUUUGCCAUCCAAAAUCGAGGGUUUUCUUGUUAGAUUUAGAUCUUCUGAAUUUUUGUUUUAAUCUUCUUUUGUUUUAUAUUUUUUUUUCAAUUGUUUCGUGUUUUUCUUUUUCUUUUGAUAUCCCUAAGCAAAAAGGAAAAAAAAAAUAGAAGAGAAGAGACUUUUAGGGUUUGCGUACAGUGUCAUAUAUUUUGUAUAGAAAGAUUUGGGAGAAGGGUUGUAUACAAUACAAUGGCUUUGAAUUUUUCACAUCGACCGAUCUUUCCCACACAUUUAAGUGAGGACAAUAUGGUUGCCCCAAUGAGGAUUGCUAAUGGGUAUCUUGUUGAGGGAAUUCCUGAGAAAAAUGGAGAUGGGUUUAAGAAUUGGCAUUCGAAUCGGGAAAUGGAGGACUGUUUUGAUAAUGCAAGGGAUAGGGGUUGUAAUAGAUGUGUGUCUCAGGAGUCUGUAUCAAAGGACAUUCUUGACCUUCUGCCGUCAGAUCCCUUUGGCAUGGAUAUCAGUACCACUUUUACUGCUGCAAUUACAGGUUGGCUUGAGGAUUUGGAGGAUUAUGGUGGCUAUGGGAUGGAUGAGGUGGGGACGAGUGAUGGGAAUUGUCAGUUACUUGCGGAAUUGAAUUUUUUCUGGAAUAAUGCUAUGAGGUUCCAGGGUUUUCCUGGGAACAUGGGGUUUGAGCAUAAUUUGAAUGUAGUGAGUGGAUCUGCUGGGUGUUUUCUGGGGAAGGAGGUCGUAGGGGAGACAUCUUGUCAUGGUAGUCUUGAAUCUGCUUGUAAUGUGGAUGACAUUUUGAGUUAUGGGAAUGAGAAUGUGGGUUAUGGUGAUCAACGAUUUAAAGGAUUGCAGGAGGGUUAUGGGAGCUAUCAUGAUAAAGAGGGAGGGGCUCCUCAUCCUGCUUUGUAUUUUGCCCUCGGUUAUCUGGGCAUGCGGGAUCUCCUUCUUGUUGAAAGGGUUUGUAGGUCUCUUUGUUCUACUGUUAGGAGUGACCCUCUCUUGUGGAGAAGUAUUCACAUAGAUCAACCAUUGAAUGAAAAGAUUACUGAUGAUGUUCUUUUGCAAUUAACCAAUAGGGCUCAAGGUAACUUGCAAUGCUUGAGCCUGGUGGAGUGUCUAAGAAUUACUGAUGAUGGUCUGAAACGUGUACUUGAAAAUAAUCCAAGGCUAACCAAGCUGAGUGUGCCUGGAUGUACUAGACUCAGUAUUGAGGGCAUUAUUAAUAGCUUAAAAGCUUUCAAGUCCAUGGGUGCAAAAGGGGUGAAGCAUCUUAGAAUUGGUGGGCUCUAUGGUGUGACUCCAAAGCACUUUGAAGAGUUGAAGCUUUUAUUGGGCACUGAUUGUUCCAUGCACCCGAAUGUUCACAAGCCACAUUUCUAUCACAGAGGAAAUUUUUAUCUAUCCUGUGAGGAUGAACGUGCCAUUGAUAUUGAAAUGUGCCCAAGAUGCCUGAACCUGAGGCUAGUAUAUGAUUGCCCUGCAGAGGGAUGUCAAGGGGAAGAAAACAUCACUCAGCUAUGCAGGGCUUGCACACUUUGCAUAGCACGCUGUGCUCAAUGUGGUCGAUGCAUUAAUGACAGUGAAUAUGAGGAGACAUUUUGUUUGCAGUUGCUUUGUUCAGAUUGUGGGAAGCAGCUCUUGAAGUGUCAAGAGAGGCAGGUUAGAAGAAUUGGACCCAGUAAAUCUCCUGUUUCUUAUGAACCUUGUUCUGGCCUCUGUCAUCAUGGCUAGGGACUAAUAAUGGUUUGUGUGUUCUGGUUUCACUUAUGGUUGAGAAAUUGCAUGAUUGGUUACCCAGUGAAGCAACCAACAACAUAUAUUUCUCGUUCUGUCUUGUUAUUGCCUUCUUUGUCUGCGAGCCGAGUCAGGUUCAGCUUAUUGGCGGACAUUAACUUUUGUGUUGCGUUUGGAGUAAGCUGCAUACCAUUAUAUUUUUGUGGAAAGAGGGGAAAAAAAAGAAAUAGAAGAAAUAAAAAAUGAAGUAAUACUUGAGAGAAUGUUAGCAAGGAGGUUUAAUUUCUUUAUUAAUGUGUUAAGGGAAAAGGGAUCUCACGUCUGGGUCGUUCCUAAUAAUUGUAACUCAUGAGAAUGUGAAGAAGGCAAAGGUUUCGAUUGACAUGAUGUUCAGGACAAAGGGAUCGUAUGUCUGGGUGGUUCCUAACAAUUGUUAUUAGCAGUUAAUAAAGUCCACUGAAGAGUAUGCUGGUUUGCUCAUGGAUUGGAACUGACAUGUGAAUUGACGAUGAAGUGGGAUGUGAUCUUAUUGACAUGUCCACGUGACUUGUCUGUUGUACUAUGAUGUCUAUUAUUCUGCUUGUAUUUUAUGUGCCUUGCUUUAGCAAGUGUUCAUCUAAUUGCUACCUGUGCAGCGCUUGAAAAAUCUGUAGUGAUCAAUCUUGUUGCCAUGCAGUAGUUUGUGAUGUGGGCUGCUCUUUAUGCAAUACUGUUCAGGGAUGCGCUGUUUUUGAUGGACGCUUAUCUUGCAGGACUUCUCCGCUCCUGCCUGUUGAAGGCGUACAUCAUUUAUUUUCUUUGUCCCUGGCUGCUUGCUACUUUAAUUGUAGGAGUACAACUUGUUUUUACCAUCCUUGGUGAUCGGUGUUUUCUUUAAAAGUGUCUAUUUGUAUUUGUUUUUCCCAUUGAGGAAGAUUAUGUCAGAAUCAUCUAUAGAUGUCAAAACUGUAUCUGUAUGCAAUAAGUUUUCAUGAGAAAAGAAUGUUAUUAGAGUUUGUUAUU